AUGCGCAUUGCCCCCAGUAAGCUGCAGUUACUCCUGACGGGGAUAGUUUGUAUUACAGAGUUCCGUGCUGUACCAUCCACUCUUCAGAAAGAUCCUAAGUGCGGUCAGAAAGUUCAAGAGACAAAACCAUGGAGUUACCUUAACCUUUUCACUCGGAUUGUUGGGGGAAACCAGGUGAAACAAGGCUCACAUCCAUGGCAGGUUUCCUUGAAACGAAGGCAAAAGCAUUUCUGUGGAGGCACCAUUGUUUCUGCUCAGUGGGUGGUCACGGCAGCUCACUGCGUCUUAGACAGUGCUUUAAAAUCUGAAGAUGAAAGGAACCUACUCCAGUACUUGAAUGUCACUGCAGGAGAGCAUGAUUUGAGGAUCAGGGAGAAUGGCGAGCAGACACUCCCUGUUAAAUAUGUCAUUAAGCAUCCAAACUUUGACCCCAGAAGGCCGAUGAACUAUGACGUUGCCCUUCUGAAGCUGGAUGGAGCCUUCAACUUCAGUUCAUCAGUUUUGCCAGCAUGUCUUCCUGAUCCAGGUGAGAAGUUUGAAGCAGGAUAUAUCUGCACCGCUUGUGGUUGGGGCCGUUUAAAUGAGAAUGGAGUACUCCCUCAGGUCUUAUAUGAAGUCAAUCUACCAAUCCUAAACAGUAAGGAGUGUUCAAGAGCAUUAUCAACUUUAAAGAAACCCAUCCAAGGUGACACUGUAAUGUGUGCUGGAUUUCCAGAUGGAGGAAAAGAUGCCUGCCAGGGAGACUCAGGAGGCCCUCUUUUAUGCCGACGUAAGCAUGGUGCCUGGACUCUUGCUGGUGUGAUCUCCUGGGGGAUGGGAUGCGCUCGUGGCUGGAUAAGUAAUGAGAAGAAGAAACACUACGACAGAGGAUCUCCAGGAAUAUUCACAGACCUCAGUGCGGUGCUUUCCUGGAUUCAAGAGAACAUGAGUGCUGAUCUGAAAAUGAAAAGCUCCACAGCAUUUUGUAGCAUUCAGGAUGGCAAACUCCCUGACAGUGAAGGAGAAUUACAUUUCCCUGGAAGUCCCAAACAGUUCUAUCAAAACCACCAAUUGUGUGUAUGGACUCUCUUUGUACCAGAAGGGAACGAUAUAUUGCUUCGUUUUUCCCACUUUGAUAUAGAGCCAGAAACAUUUUGUGACUAUGAUUCUUUAUCAGUCUAUUCAAAAGAUGACAGACUUGUUGGGAAAUUCUGUGGAGGAGAUCUUCCAUUACCUAUUUUGAUUGGCUCCAAUAGUAUAACGCUGAAAUUUGUUUCUGACAACAAGGAUUAUGGAACUGGUUUUUCCAUGACCUACAAAGCUCUUACACCAGAUAUUCUUCCUGAUUCUGGCUGUGAGUCCUUAGCUGUCCUUUUUGAAGAAGGGGUGUUACAAAGUAUGCAUUAUCCAGAGAGCUACAGCAACAUGGCAGGCUGUCAAUGGAUUAUUUGUGCACCAGAGGACCAUGUAAUCAAGCUUACAUACCAGUCUUUUGAAGUAGAAGAGAGUGAAGAUUGCUCUUAUGAUGCAGUGACUGUGUAUGAAGAUGUGGGAAAAGAGGAGGAAAUUGCUAAGUCUUGUGGAUUUGCCCUACCAGCACCUGUUCUAAGCUCCUCUGCUAUGAUGCUGGUUGUCUUUCACUCUGAUGAAACAGAGACCUUUGGAGGAUUCAGAGCUACAAUCUCUUUUGUUCAUGUAACAGAUUUAGAUACUUUGGAUUCAACUAGUGAAGAAGAAUUUGAAGAUAUGGAUAUGACUGAAGAAGAAAUACAGAUUGCAACAGAUGAUAUUUGUGGAAUGCCUUCAAAUCAGCCCAGGUUCAUCUUCAGUAGGAUAAUUGGAGGUGAAGAAGCUGUACCAUACUCAUGGCCUUGGCAGGUCAGUGUACAAAUUUCAGAUGAGCAUAUCUGUGGAGGAGCAGUUCUUGCCAAAGAAUGGGUUGUCACAGCUGCUCACUGCUUUAAUUCUAAGGAACUGUACAGAGGGUUAUGGAUGGUGGUAACGGGACUUCAUGAUCUUACAGAGCAAGAAUACAGACAGAAAAGGUCAGUAAAGCAGUAUAUUAUACAUCCAAGUUUUAAUAAGACCACUAUGGACUCUGAUAUCGCCUUACUGCAACUGGCCGAGCCCUUAGAAUUCAACCACUACGUGCGCCCAGUGUGCCUCCCUGCCAAGGAGGAGGCAGUUCAGCCCUCGAGGGUGUGCGUUGUCACCGGAUGGGGUGCACAUGAAGACAGAGAAAGGGGGAAAAAACUGCAUCAGCUGGAAGUCCCCAUCCUGGUGCUUGACACAUGUCAGAGCUACUACAUAAAUCUUCCCAGUAAAGUGACCCAGAGGAUGAUCUGUGCUGGAUUCCCUCUGGAAGAAGGCAAGGACUCGUGCACAGGUGAUUCUGGUGGCCCAUUAGUUUGUCCUUCAGAAGAUAACUCGGGAUUUUACACCCUUCAUGGAAUCACUAGCUGGGGCUUGGGAUGUGGAAGGAAGAGCUACCCGGGAGUAUACACAAAUGUUGGUGUUUUUGUUGACUGGAUCAAGCAGAGUGUUAAUAGUAGUGAUCGCCCCAUUUUUGUGGUGUGACCGUCAAAAGAGCGGUUCUGAUGGACCGCAUUGUAAAACACUUCCAAAGCACAAAUGUCAUUGAAA